AUGGCUGGUGCAAGUUCUGAGAGGUGGAUAAAAUAUAUUGGUGAAGAUGGCCCAAGUGUGGUUAAAAAAUUGAAAAGAGACGGUUACAAUGCCCAUAUAAUGGAUGAACCACUGGGUGAUCUUCGAGGUAAUCAUCAACAAUGGAUUGAUGUGUAUGUUAAUAAAAAGGAUAAUAAAGUGGAGCAGAUUGUUGAAAUGGUAAUGAGAUAA